AUGGGCGCCCCAGAGAUGCUGCUGGCUGUGCCCAAGGACGACCUGGAAGUCGAGCCCAGUAUCGCUCGGUACGAAUACGAUCCCUGGCUAUUGGAUGACCAUCCACUCCGAUCACAUCCAACCCAAUGUAUUCCCGGCUUGGGGACAUUCUUCACGGAAUGGUUGAGCUCCACUCGCCGACGCUGGAAGGAGACUCUAUGCCACGCCGGAUGUCUGGUCCUGAUAUGCCUGGCUGUAUUGCAAUGCUUCCGCUUCCUGCCGUCACCCGCCUCUGGGAAAGGCCUGCCGCGCCCCCCAGCAUCAUCAUCACAUCUCGGUCCCCGCGAAUGGCAUGUCAAAUGCACAUUCCCUCAUUCGGAUCCCCGUCACAAUGCCCUGGCGCAGUCACUUGCUGCCGGCUGCGACGGCCUUCGAACGGACAUGUGGCGAAGUGGCCAGCAGCUGCAGAUGGGCCCCUUCCGCGCGACAUCGGAAGCGGCCCAAGACCUGUCUUUUCAUCUGGAGACGUUGCUGACCGGCCUCGAGAGCCAUAAGUCGCAAAACUUUCCGAGUCGAACUGUUCAGUUGUCGUUGCCCCCUUCAACCGGGGAUCUGGCGGCCCCUGCCGAACCAGCCCGGAAAUUUAUGCUGGUACUGGAUGCCAAGUCCGCUCUGGACGACCUGUACCCAUUGCUGGUAGCACAGUUAGACGCUCUCCGCCAGCGGGGACUUCUGACCCAUUGGGAUGGGGCCCGUAUUAUACCCCGGGCGGUCACGCUGGUGGUCACGGGUGAGUCCGUGCCGGCCUCUGACUGCUCGAUCUCUGCCUAUGCCGACGUGUUCUGGUCGUCAGAGGACGCUUUUAUUUUCCCCGACGAUGUGUCCGCCGGCCUUGGAUCCCCCAUCUGUGCCGUAUGA